GAAUACGAUCAGCAGCUUUUUGCCUUGGAAAUGAAGACUGUGAAACGAUUCAAAUUCCUGCAGUUUUUAACGCGAUUACCAAUAAAAUUCAGUGUUUUUUUAAACGCCUAGAUUUUCUUACUUUAAACAAUUUGUUUAAGCGUAAGAUUGAUAGUAAAAUAUUCCGGGGUUCUAAUCAUUAG